AUGAAAUUGAUCCAAGGGCAAAUGAAUCUACUCGAUGGCCUUGGGUCUGGAGAUUCUACACCUAGUUUAUCUGACAUCCUUCUGGAACUUCAAAAGGUGGCUCUCAAAGCUAAGGAUCCUGGGAAUUUUGAUUCUGUGCCAGACUUGACAGAACAGGGACUAGAUGCUAUUCAUGAUGAGGUACGUCACAAGUGGCGUCAGCCAGCAGCUCUCUAUUUCACCAUUGUUAUUUGCCCUAUUGGUGCCACCGUUCAGGGCUGGGACCAGACCGGCUCCAACGGAGCGAACUUGUCGUUCCCCGACACAUUUGGCAUUCCUGAAAGUGCCAAGUGUAAUUAA